CAUAUCCAGCUCUCUUCCCUCGCUCUCUCAGCUUCUUCUGCAUAAAGAUUGAAGAAAAACCUUCUUUACAUUCUUCUAAUUUGUGCUUCGGUUUCAUCCUGCCACGAUGUCCCUGCCGAACAACCGGGAAAGCGAUAACAAUGCCUCACAAAAUGGCUCCCAACACGGAGGGACAGUAUGGACAACGAGUAUUCACAUAAUCACAUCAGUGAUCGGUGUUGGAGUCCUGUCCCUGGCUUGGGCCACCGCACAGCUGGGCUGGAUUGCCAGCCCCAUCAUCAUGCUUCUGUUCGCCUUUGUCACUUUUUACACCUCCCAAAUCCUCGCCGCCUGUUUCAGCCCUGACGACAACAAGGACAAGUACAUAGAUGUCGUCGAUGCCAAUCUUGGCGGGUUCAAAGUCAAGCUUUGUGGGCUGGUUGAGUCCGUGACCAUCUUUGGGGCUGCCGUCAGUUACACCAUUGCAUCUUCCAUUCGCCUGGCGAAUAUCGAGAGGUCCAUUUGCUUCCACAAGCACGGUGUCGAGCACCCGUGCCCCAUCAAAAGGAAUCGUUACAUGAUUGCAGUCGGCAUCAUUGAGAUCCUUCUCUCUCAGAUCCUCCAAUCAUAUCAUGUGGAGUGGAUAUCUAUUGUCGCUGCUGUCAUGUCCCUUUGCUACUCCAGCAUUGAAGUUUUCCUAGGAAUUGCCAAAAUUAAAGCAACGGGUAAAAUCAGGGGAAGCCUCGCUGGAAUCAGCACCAGCACCGUGACCUCAACACAGAAGCUAUGGGGGUGGUUUCAGGCACUUGGUGUCAUGGCCUUUGCCUAUGAAUACUUCCUCGUCUUCCCUGAAAUUCUGGGCACGAUCCGGUACAAAGAAUCCGUAUUAAAGACGAUGAAGAAGGCGUGUCUAGUCAGCAUACCAGUCGCAACCCUGGUCUACGUGUUAUCCGGGUGCAUAGGCUUCGCCGUCUCUGGCAGCACGGUGCCCAGAAACCUCCUCACCGAGUUUGGCUUCUACGAACCAUACUGGUUGGCCAGCAUCGCCGACGGCACUCUCGUGAUCCACCUCAUCGGCGCAUUCCAAGUCUAUUGCCAACCCCUAUUCACCUUCUUCGAGGACAAGGUGAAGUAUGCAUUCCGGCUCAGCCCAUCCAAGUGCUUCUUCUUCAAGUUGGUCUGGAGGACAGUCUUCGUGAUUGCGUCCACCGUGAUCUCCCUGCUCCUCCCAUUCUUCAUCGACAUUAUCGGGCUGCUCGGAGCGCUGAAUUUUGGCUCCUCACGGUCUAUUUCCCGGUUGAGAUGUACAUUAAUAAGAUGAAAAUACACAGGGGAGCACCAAA